AUGGCGGAUGCAGACGAGGAUGUUAUCCCGCGUGGUCCAGACGUUGGAGACAUUGACCUCUCGGAUGAGACACAAGAUUUCCGCUUCCUCUUGAACUUCUCUAGCGAUGAUGCAAAGAUUCCAAAGAGAGGCGAAAAGGAUUUCGAGCCUCAUCACACUAACAAACAAUCGGACUCUCUGGCCGCAUCGAGAGAUGCUAUGCAUACUGCUCUGUCGUUCCAGCGCGUUCAUCAAUCAAAGAAAUAUGUCCUUGCGCACUACCAUCCGGAAAGUAAUAUGGUCUAUACAGAGGAUCCCAAAGGACCAUUGUUCAAGACUAUGGGCAAGGUCUUCCCUGGCAAGGAAGAUCCGCUAGGUCCUCGUACAGCUGGCGAGAACAGAAUUUGGCUACUUCCGGAAGAAGUGAUAUACCUUCUCGAGCGAGGUACGAUCGACGUCAGGUGGCCUGUUGACGAAGAUGAUGAAGGUGGUGAGGGACUGCCGAUGAGUCUUCAAGGCGCAUACGCUGCUUUCUUAGGAAUGGAAGGUACUGCUGGAGGCGCCUUGACCUUCGAGAGAUACUCUGUGUAUUCUGGCCUGAAGAGGUCAGGUUAUACAGUCCACAGAGCGCCAAGCUGGGAUAGUCCAGGCGAGGAGCCUUCAGCCAACUGCUAUCCGCCCACGCAAGGCACAUCCUGGACGGUGGGUUUGCUGAGAGACAAGUGGCGAGGCCUGUUCAUUCCCCGUUCUGCCACCGAGAUCGAGCAAAAGACUGGCCCAUUGGUAACACCUGGACUAUAUCGCAACUAUGCUCAAAUAUAUCGUCGUUUGGCAAUCGUCCCCAGCUACGAUCCGUCAACCAGAGCGCAAGGUUCUGCGGCGACGACAGAUCCUGCCUUCAGGAUUACCUACCAUCUUUGGAAGCCUGGCUCCACGACCUACAAGAAGAGCGACCCCGGUACACCCGACUUCCGUAUCGCAGUCAUCAAUGCUCGAGAGACGUCGUUCCCAACAGUUGCUCAAUUGGGUGCUUUGAUAGACACACAACCAUACCAGCCGCCUCGACAAGACGCGCAAUUGUACCAGAAGCUGCGUAGUGGAUACAAGAGCGUCAUCCUGGCUGUUGUGGACCAGGGUGUCACCAGCUACUUGAGACUCGCAGACGCUGGAUUUAGCAGAGAGAAGCUGUUCGACCGUAAGCCACCAGCCGCAAGAAAAGGUGGAAAGGGUGGAAAUUGGAAGAAGCACAAGCGAUAG